CGGAAGCGGAUCUAUACAGUAUGUUUGCACGGGUACUCGCGAUCGUGGUGGUGGUUGGCUUCAUAUCCAGCGCCGUAGGGUUGCUGACGGAUGAAGCCUGCCCGCAGGACGUGACCGCAAUGAAGGACUUCUCACUCAACGACUACGCCGGCCGGUGGUUCGAGAUCAAGCGCUACGAGCAGUUCUACGAGAAGGAUCUCGACUGCGUGGUGGCUGAAUAUCAGAAGACGGGCAACAAUAGCAUCUCCGUCAAGAACGGUGCCUUCAGCUUUGCCAACAACACGCGUGUCGUUGCGGAUGGUUCGGCGGUCGUCUCAUAUCCAGACGAUCCGACUCACCCGGCCAAGCUCAGUGUCGCCUUUUUCGGAGCCAAAACUGAUCGCAGCAACUACUGGGUGUUGGAUACGGAUUACACCUCAUUCGCGGUCGUGUGGUCCUGCGAACCGUACUUCCGGGACGCCACCAAGAACGUCCUGGGCUUCUGGAUUUUCUCUCGCAACCCAACCUUCCCGACCGAUGAGGCUGUGACGGAGCGUGUUGAUAAGCUGGUGAAGCAGUACGCCGACUCGUCGAAGUUUGAGGUUCCGAACCAAUCCGACGAACGAUGCCCUCGGUCGUACUAGAGGUACUAGAGGCCCACGGUACGAUGCUGGCAGCCCCACACACAACAUUGUGCAAUAAUAUAUCGGACGCGGCUGCAGCAUAUGACCAAAUAAAACAAUUACUCACAGCGCUCCCUGAGACGCUGGAUUGGAAGGCGAUUAUUGGCCAAAUCGCUCGGAAGCACUGAUAAGCGGACGAACCACACCGAUAAGACGGCUUCAUUGAACUAAGGUCAUCAACGCGGUGUGGCCAUGGAGGUGUUUUCCGUGAGAAAGUAAAGAUCGAUUGUGACAGUCGACGUGUGUGUUGUUUAUUAAACUAAAAACCAUUGCUUACGAAUAAAGUUCUCCGACCGGUGUCUCAGA